CCGGACGGCUCUAAAUUGGCGGGAGGGGCUGGUCGGCGGCGAAGUUGCUAGCUGCGGGCAGAGACGGCCCUCGCGGUUGCAGGAAUUGGCCAACGGCUCGUUUCAACCCUGCCUCGUUGGUGGCCACUGGAGAAGCGCGGGGGGCUCCCCAGACAGCCGUGGGGACAAGUUAGAGCCAGCACUUUAUCCCGGGCCUCGCGUGUAGCUCCCCCUCCCCUGCUCUCGGUGCCCCGGUGUCUGGAGGGGGGUGCAGGGGUGUGCCCUCCGUACAUGUCCCUGCACCUGGGCAACCCUCCGGGCUUGUGUUCCAUCUCGCUCUUGCUUCCUGCACAGUGGUCGAGGGGAACCACUUUGCAACAUGUCCCGGUAUAGCUACCAAAGUCUCCUGGACUGGCUCUAUGGGGGCGUGGACCCCAGCUUUGCAGGCAAUGGGGGCCCCGACUGUGCUGCCUUCCUCUCUUGGCAGCAGCGGCUGCUGGAAAGUGUGGUGGUCCUGACCCUGGCCCUGUUGGAGAUCCUGGUGGCCCUGCGGCACAUCCUGAGGCAGACGAAGGAGGACGGUAGGGGUGGCCAUGGCUGCCAGCCAGAGCAGGUGACCCGGCGGCCCGAGGAAGGCAAGGAGAGCCUGAGCAAGAAUCUGCUCUUAGUAGCCCUGUGCCUGACCUUCGGGGUGGAGGUGGGCUUUAAGUUCGCCACCAAGACCGUCAUCUACCUGCUCAACCCCUGUCACCUGGUCACCAUGAUGCAUAUCUUUCUCCUGGCCUGCCCUCCAUGUCCGGGAGCUAUUGUCAUCUUCAAGCUACAGAUGCACAUGUUGAAUGGAGCUCUUCUGGCCUUGCUGUUCCCUGUGGUAAAUACCCGGCUGCUCCCCUUUGAAUUGGAGAUUUACUACAUUCAACAUGUUAUGCUCUACGUGGUGCCCAUCUACCUGCUUUGGAAAGGAGGUGCUUACACCCCAGAGCCCCUCAGCAGUUUCCGGUGGGCCCUCCUCUCAACUGGCCUCAUGUUCUUUUAUCACUUCAGCGUCUUGCAGAUCCUGGGCCUGGUCACCGAAGUGAAUUUGAACAACAUGCUGUGUCCGGCCAUCUCAGACCCAUUCUACGGCCCCUGGUAUCGCAUCUGGGCCUCGGGACACCAGACUCUCAUGACCAUGACCCACGGGAAGCUGGUCAUCCUGUUCUCAUACAUGGUUGGGCCCUUGUGUAAAUAUCUGCUGGAUUUGCUCCGGCUUCCAGCCAAGAAAAUAGACUGAAGGUGCCUGUUUUUUUUUUUGUUUUGUUUUGUUUUGUUUUUGGUGUUUUUUGUUUGUUUGUUUGUUUGUUUGUUUGUCUCCCUGAGGAAACAAGUUCUGACUUGACUUGGAGAACACCCCGUUGUUAAUGAAAUCAUGGGCGAUGGCAGUAAGGUGUUUGGGGUAUUCCUUUUUUCCCUUUUCUCUGUCCCUUUCCUCCACAACUCUUCCUCCCCCAGCUCUUCCUCCCCAGACAUCUCCUGGAGCCUGGGGUGUAGUGCUGAGGGCUGGAUUUUUCCUCUUCCACUUUGCUCUUUCUCCCUGCUCCCAGUGGCCUUAUGUGGGGAGACAGUAGUCAGUAGCUUUCACUCUGCUUGUUGGGGCUUUAACAACAGCUGGUUGAGGAGAAAGGGAACAACAAGCAGUAGUUCUUUUGGCAGCAAAGUUGAUGAGAUUGGUUGUAUUUCAUUCUUCCACUGCCAGAGACCUCCAGGCUUAUGCUGGGGGUCCCCCUUUUGUCUCCAGCAUAGCCCCACUAUAAGGGGACUGUGGCCUUGUUUUUAUACCAGCAGCAAGCGAAGAGCCAAGGGAUUUCCCAGUUCAUGGCCAAAAUAGAACCGGCCAGAUUCUUCCCACUAGUGUCUCAUGACUCAAAGCAAGCAGCCAACCAGCCACUCCCUUCCAGAGGCUGCCUGCGGUGGGAGGUGGGGCACUACCCGGCCCAAGGGCUAGAUUCCAUUGAGGGGGAUGGAGAGCUGCUGCAAUGGCAAAUUGAAAGUGAACAAGGUUAAAACGUCCACAACGAAUACUAGGCAGGACCCUGGCUAUAUUCUGCCUGUGAGCGCUAAGAAAGGACUCAUAUCCCAAUCACAAGGAAUCAUGGAAAUUCAUAAACAGAAGUGGUAACUUGAGAAAACAGUGAUUUGAAUCAUAUGCUCCAUUUCAGUUUAAUGUUGCUAGUAGAUGCCGUUUUCAUCUUGAGUACUCCUUUAAUGUUCUCCUUUUUAAAGGCAGCUUCAGGGAAGGAGGAACUAGAGGUGUUUUUUUCUUUUUCUUUUUGGGUUUUCUUUAUUUGUUUGCUCAUUGAUUUUUGGAUGUUUGAGUUUGGAGAAGCCUUGCGUCAAGGCCUGUCUCGGGAGCGGCUCUUGCUGAUGCACUUUGUGGGUUUACAGGCUACAUCAGCAUCCUGGGUUUGGGAAGAUACAGGUCCUGCUGGUGUUGUUUCCCUAGGCUCAUCACUGCUGCCAGGCUCAGUGCUGAAUUGUUUAGCGUGGGGGACACCACAUGCUCCCCAAAGCCCAUGUCCUGGGAAGAAUCAGGUCCCCAUGGGUGGAGGUUCAGGUGCUCCGCAAGGAAGAGCUUUUGUUGAAAGACUUGAACUCAGUCACGCAUGGAACUCAAGAAGGGAGGCAGUGGCUGGGCUUUUUCUGACUCCUUGUUAGCUGGUACUAAGAACAGAUUUGCUUAAGAACAGAAGAGAUGAUGGGUUCAGUGACUUCCUCUGGUGGGCCGCCCCUGCCCUCUCCCACUCUAGGCAACCCAGUCGCCCUGGGCCAGUUCCAGUAUUUCAGGUGUUACUGUGUGAGACAUAGAUUGGGCUUCAGUGACUCUGUGAUCAUGAUUUUAGCAUACGGACCUACAAGGAGCAGCAGAAUGUAGGAGAGUCUCUGAGCAAGGUGAGGCCUGGGGAACCGACCAUGGAACUGCCCUAUUGCAGAGGCCUGCUGGCACUGAGAUGAUCAAUCUCUGAGGUGUGGGCGAAGAGGAGGGAGAACACCGACUGCUCUUAUUCCCCAUGAGCUUCUCGUGAUGCAGAACCUUCAUUUUCUGCUAUCUUUGAGGAAUUGGCCAAGUUUUUCUUAGUGCCUCUUCCCCUAGGGUUGUCCAGAAGAGGCACCCCUUGAGUGGCUGUAUUUGCUCUGCCCACCAUGAAACAGCUGCAUGUAGGAAAGACUGACAAGGAAAUGUGUAAGGCCUCAGUGUCCUGCCGCCUCUUCACAAAGGGAAAUGUUGGAAGGAGGUCAUGGGUGGAGCCCCUGGGGGGCCUGUCCUGUCCCUACCAGAACAUGGAGUCUUUGUAGGCAGAUGAUCUGUGCCUCAGUUAGGGGCCAGCAGCCUGGGUGGGGCAGACGCUCAGCUUCAGAAUGCCGCAGUGGCAUAGUGACUCUGCAGGUGCCCUCUCUCCCUGUCUGUGUGGCAUGGUACACGUUUCUGGUCAGCCUGAGCGUUCCCUCCAUUGGCAUGCCUCUCAAAGCUUGACUUUGCUCUGGCUACAGCUCAGUGCCUAUUCUGGCUGGCAUUUUCUGUUGCUUGGAAGGGAAGAAGCAAGUGAAAGCCAGGUACCUUGCCUGGCCAGGCCAGAAACAGAUAUACCUGUCAGGGGAAGGGGGAAGUGAAGGAGAGAUGCAGGGCUUCUGGGGUCCAGGUUGGCUCAGAACCAUGUAGAUGAAAGGAACAAAGAGUGCGCCUAGUCCAGAGGCUCCACAGGAGUCAUGGCCUGUAUUUGAGGUGUUAGGGAGCAGCGUGCAUCUGAAUUGGUCUGUACCUCACUUUUCCCUUGGGCUAAGUGUUGGGCCAGAACCAUGGUAGCCUGCUUUGGAGGGCAGUGCCGGUACCAGCAGCCCUGGGCUUUCCAGCUCCUCCCCAGGGCUUUGCUGUCAGUGCCAAGGUGGUUCCCUUAACCACCCUGGCCAAGUUUCCAUAUGUCAUUUGCCAGCGUGUGUGGGUGCUUAGUGUGUGUCCCAGAGAAAGAAGUGGGCAGUUUCUUUAAAAACAGCCCCAGGAAGGGAAAGGAAUGCUCUCUCAAGCCCCCAGGUAGCCGUGGCCAAGGACAUGGGCCAGUGACAACAGUCUGUUCAGCCGGCAGCAGCUCAGAAUAGCAGAAAGAUGGUCAUGCCUGUUUGUAGUCCCAGUAUUUGAUUUUGUACACCAAAGAUGAUCUGGCCCAUCUUCCUGGAGGCCCAGUGACGUGUACCUCUCUGUCAGCUUGUGAGGAAGGCAUGGCCUCUGUGUCCCCCAGACACUAUUCUCUCUUUCUCCUUGAACUUUUCAGCAUUCACAAAAGCUGCUUGCAGGGUGGUCGGGAUAAGUGGCGCAGUUGGCAUACUUGACCGUCCGGUAUCUCAAGUCCAGCUAUCAGAUCAUCCCUUUUGCUGCAGCCUUGGCCAGGGCUUUGCUAUUUGUGUUUGUUGAGAAUCCAGUGUUUUGGGGAGUGGCCACAAGUCCCCACAGAUAACAAGUUGUCAGCUGGUCUCUGUGUACUGGUGUUGGGGCUGAGCGCCCCAGGAGUGAGCUGGGUGGCUAGUGGUGGCAGAAGGCCCUUCCUCCUGCUCCCUUGGCCAGAAUGACUUCCCCAGAUCUGUAGAUGUUGGUCCAGAGUCAUCUGUCCUCUUUGGGAGACUGAAGGGGAGGUGGGGGUGGAGCCGAGAAGGAGUGACACCGCAGGCUAAGACACAGGCGUGGUGUUGGCUUUGGUCAGUCCCGAACAGACAUAAAGGAGGGGUUCCUGCAGGCCCUCAAGUACUCGUUGGGAAGGCUCCAGACUGGAAGGGGCCUCCCUGCUGCAUGCCUGGCCCUGCCUCUCCCUCUGGGAGGUGGUCGAGUCCCUGACAAGGAGUGAGCCUUCCUCUUCUGUAUAUAGACUGAGCCAAUUUGUGCUCAGGAAAACGUAGUCGCUUGUUGUUGCUCUUGUCUGUGACAUUUUUGUACAGUGGUUUGCUACUCAGUGGCAUAAAACAAAAGUCAGUUUAAGCAAAGCUGUUUUGGAAACUUGCUUUCUUUCGGUGUCAGUUUUGUAUUAUAUUUUAAAGAAUUCUUCAUUUAUAUUGGUGUUAUUGUGGUGGAGAGGUUAAGAUAGUCUGAUCUGUAAUUACUUCUGCCAGGAACUUGGCAAAUGCCUCUGUCCCUCUCGCCCCUACCCCCAUCUUUUCUCAUUUCCAAGGCAUGCCCUGGGCAGAACCCUUCCUGUCGCCCCUCCCCGCCAGUGGCUCCCUUUAGGACCAGUCUUUGUAAUCCCCCUAAACAACAGCAGGGUAUUUUUGCCAAGCUGGUUCUUGGGUGCUCUGUGUCUCCACCGGUUUGCUCACCUCUUGGAGCAUUUUGUAAUAUGUUUUCCCUGUUUUCUAAAACUUUUUGAUUGUACCAAAAUGGUUUCUGCGGUCACCUUUGGAAAUAAAUGGUCAUUAAUUUGUGUAUUUAGCAUUCUGAA